AUGCAAGACCAGCUCGUUGGCCCACGGCCUCUACAUAUCUAUCACCGAUCCAACCAUGGAGGCUUAGAGAUUCUCGACUCCGACAAGCAAACUCGCCUUUACAAUGUCUACCGUUCCAGUUCCAAGCCACACAUGGCCAUAUCCCGCCCAGCACCUGGGAUUCCGGAGCAAAUCAUCGGCUAUGCAUCGUUCCAUCAUUUCAAAUCCGAGAUCGAAGUUUCCCUCACGGCGCAGGACAUUUCCAUGAAGAUAUGUGGAUUCUUGUCUAGCUCCUACAAUGUGAUUCUUAAGGAUAUGCAGUGGACCUGGAAACGAGACGGCGCAAUGACAAGUAACCUCAGGCUCGUCGAUCAGAGGGACCAGUCCCUGGCAACGUUUGAUAAUGCCUCGUGGUCGAUCAAGAAGCUGGGUACGCUAGCAAUCUGGGGAGAGCCACCACUGCAUGUACUCGACGCUAUCAUUGUAUCGGGUUUGGGAAGGAUUGAAUAUCAGAGGAGGGGGCAAAAGAACCAUACAGGGGCGAUUCUUGCUCAGUCCAGUUGA